UGGGUCUCUCUUUCCACGUACGUACACCAAAUUCUUGAGUUUCUAAUUCUCUAUAUAAAAACAAUACAAGCAAGAGCAAAGCCAACCCAUAAUUUUUCUUUUACACCUUCUCGUGGAUAUAUGAUAGUAUCGCUAACCCACAAGCACUACUAAUUGUCCUAGAGAACAACUUCAACUUUUCACAGCAUUUUCUUCAAUAGAUUUCGAUUCCACCAUGUCCAAGAUUCAUCCUGCUGAGAAGAGAUGUAGCCAAGAUUUGUUCCUGAAAGAGAAAGAGAAGGUUGAUGGUGGUGGAGAUGGUUUUUUUCAACAUCAACGACGUCGCAGUCCAUGUGUGCUCACUGUUUGGAAGAGAUCCAGCAUGAGUUUCCAGGGGACUGAUGGUUUCACAGUCUUUGAUCCUCAUGGAAGAUUGGUUUUUCGAGUCGAUAACUAUUCCAGAAAGAAUCGUUAUGCAGGAGGUGGCCUUAUCCUCAUGGACGGAGUUGGCAAUGCCUUGCUUUCUCUGAAACCUCAGAUGCUAAGCAUGCAAUACCAGUGGAAUGCUUACAGAGGAGAUGGGUAUGGAAAGAAUCCAAAGAUGAAAGUAUUUUCAAUGAGGAGCACAUCGGUGCUUUUUCAGACCUGCAAAGAUGUAGCAGAGAUCUUCAUGGGAGGGCUUACAAGACAAGGUCAGUUGCCAGAUUUCAGGAUUGAAGGAUCAUUCAGGGCUCGAGACUGUAAAAUCAAGACUUCCACUGGAGAGGUGGUAGCAAAGAUGGCUAGAAAAAGAGUGAAUACAACAAUUUUACUAAGUGAUGAUGUGUUUAGCUUGGUAGUACAACCUGGUGUUGACACUCAACUUAUCAUGGCCUUUGUAAUUGUAUUAGAUCGCAUUAGCAAUAAGCCUUUUGCCCCUGUUUUGUGUUCUUAAUGCCAGCCUUGUAUAGACAAAGAGAGUAAACGUACAGAGAUUGUCUUAUUCACACAUCAAUUUACACUUUGUUCAAAAGGGACUUUUCCUAUUGAACAUUGCAAUUUAUUUUACAUUUA